AAAGCCUCCAGGGAUGGAGCACCCACAACUUCUGGAGGCAAGGUGGAGACCUCAUGAAGGUCCCCUUUUGCCUUGUCGCUAGAAACCCCUCCCCUUCUCCUGUCCCAAACCCAGGUGACUCGUUUUGUGAAGCUGGGAGGAGGGGAGCCUUUGAUCCCGCCAUGGCUAAGCGAACUGACUACGGCCUGCAAGUCGACUACGUUUUCCGCGGGGCGGAGCACAUCGUUCGGAUGACGACGGAAGGGAGCCUGCUGGAAGUGGAGGUGGAAGACCGGCUCACCACCGACCAGUGGCGAGGGGAAUUCGAUGCGGCCUUUAUCGAAGAUCUCACCCACAAAACGGGGAACUUCAAGCAAUUUGGGAUCUUCUGCAGCAUGUUGGAAUCCGCCCUGGCCCAGAGCAGCGAGUCUGUAACGUUGGACCUCCUCACCUACGCGGACCUGGAGGCGCUGCGGAACAGGAAGAUUGGGGUGGGACCACGACACCCCUCGGCCGCCAAAACCUCCCCCUUGAACUCCAAGCGUUACCUCAUCCUCAUUUACUCCGUGGAAUUUGACAGGAUCCACUACCCACUCCCCCUUCCCUACGUCGGGAAGCCCGAUCCGGUGGUCCUGCAGAAAGUGAUCCGGGAGCUGAAGGAGGAAUUGGCUCUCUUGAAGGCUAAGCCAGGCAAGGAUUUCCGGGACGUGGAGAUCCGUCGUCUUCGGGAGGAGCUGCAGCGGGCUCUGGAGGAGAAGCAGAUGAUGGAGUCGGUUCUGCUGAGCUCCCGGGAGGAGCUGCCGGUGGCCCCCAAGGGCAGCGGCUUGAAAGAGGUGAAGAUCUUGAAGAAGGUGGUGCAGACCCUGGAAGAGCAGCUGACCAAGGAACGGGCCAAGCACCAGCGCCUGGCCGCCAGGCGCCUGCAGGAGAGCCGGCAGCUGGCUGAUGAGCUUGCAGAAGUGAAAGCUAGUGAGAGAAGCCUCCGGAUUCGUGUGAAGAACCUUACCAAUGAGCUGGCUUUAUUCAAAAAGGGAAGGCAAGUAGUCCUCGCUUAACGACCGUUUGACGUUACAACAUACUCCAAAUGUUACUUACAACUCUUCCUCAAAGGUCCUUCUUCUUCCUCCCCAUUUUGGCCCCCUGGCAGCCGGUUCACAUUUACAGCCGGUUGUCGUAUCGCAUAAAUCAGUGUUUCCCAAAGUGUGGUACGGGUACCCCCGGGGGUACGGGAAGAGUUUGGUGGGGGUACGCGUUGCACCGGAGUUUGGUGGGGAUCACCUGGGAAUAUCCACUGCACCGUGCUUAGCUGAUUAGAUUGAAAUUAACAACCAGGGAACCAAAUUAUGGUGAUCUGUCAUCUCAACAUAAACAAUUUCAUCCUUCUCAUUGAAUCAAAUAAAUGUUCUUUAUAAUAUAACUUUCGUUUAUUUUGCGUAUGUACCAAAAAAAGA